AUGCCGAGCGAAUUGCCACGGGAAGCUAUGGAGCCACAGGUUCCCCGUCCGGUCGGCGCUCGGCAAGUGAUGGCUUCUGAGGUCGCACUUGCGAGUCUGUCCACGCUGCUUCCCGACUCCGUCAUCCAGCAGGCGUUGGCCCUCGUGGACUCCAAGAGCCUCCACGUGGUGACCAGCCAGAUGGGUCGGAAGGCCUAUGAGGUACGUGGCCAGAAGGCCUCGCACUUCGUCCUUGCACGGGGUCUCUACUGCUCUUGUCCCUACUUCGGGCGACGAGUGAUCGAGGCCGGGGAGCUUUGCUGCAAGCAUUGGCUGGCAGUCCAAGUGGCACAGCGCUGCGGCACCGGGAUCGGCUCCUCCGAAUGCCUGCAGGAAGAUGAGUUCUUGGACUGGUCUCGGCAGCGCAUGCUGGGAUGCCAGCCUGCAUGA